CAACAUGGAUGGCCUUCCGUUCAAUUUAUUCCGUGUUGUUUAUCCACGUCAAGAACGAACAUAUCGUCCACGCAAUCUAAACGUGAUUGGCUUUAAUGACAGCCAGUUAAGAGCAAGAUAUAGGUUCGGCCGAAAUGCCAUAAAAUACAUAACAAAUCUGCUUUACGAUGACCUUGUCAGGGAUACACAACACGGCCAUGCUCUUUCUCCGGAUUCACAAGUACUCAUCGCACUGAGGUUUUACGCAACAGGCAGCUUCUUACAAGUUGUUGGAGAUAUGUUUGGUGUUGAUAAGGGUACAGUGUCCCCUGUCGUAAGAGAUGUGUCCUUGGCACUUAACAGGAGACAGCAAGAGUUUAUUAAAUGGCCAACAAACGUAGAAAUCGCAGACAUCAAAAAUAAUUUUUUUGCACUAGCUGGCUUUCCGUGCGUAAUUGGGUGUAUUGAUUGUACCCACAUCCGAAUUCAGGCUCCGUACGUGCACGAGUACAAUUAUGUAAACAGGAAGCGGUAUCACUCGAUCAAUGUACAAGGAAUUUGCGACCAUGAAGAAUUGAAAGAGCCUAAAGGACCGCUUCAAACAUCAAAGACCUCAUUGACAAGUUACACUGGUGAUAAACUUAAUGUUGUUGGCAAAUGCAUAUUGAAAUGUAUGAACAAACAGCUGAACUUUUUCGUGAGCGAAACAGAUCAGUAUCCUAUACUUGGUUUUCAAGCGUCACAAGAACUCAACAUAAUCAAGGUAGUGAUGGGUACUAAUAAAGAGGGAGAUUUUGAGGAGAAAUAUUCAGAGGUAUUUAAAGGCUUGGGGUGCCUGAGGGAGCCAUAUCACAUUGAAUUGGAUCCAGAGGUGUCACCAGUAGUAAAUCCAGCGAGAAAAGUUCCUGUAGCAAUAAAAGGUCGUUUGAAGCUUGAGUUAGAAGAAAUGGAGAAGCAAGGAGUUAUUCGUAAAGUGGACAGACCGACUGACUGGGUCAAUUCAAUAGCAAUAGUGGAGAAACCAGGAACGGGGAGAUUACGAAUAUGCCUGGACCCGAAGCAUCUAAAUGAAGCGAUCAGACGGGAACAUUUCCAAUUACCAACAGUAGAAAAAAUAGCGUCUCGGGUGUCUGGUGCAAAAGUGUUCUCCAAAUUAGAUGCAAGACAUGGGUAUUGGCAGAUACCAUUGGAUGAGCCAAGCCAACUCCUAACGAGGUUCAGUACACUGUUUGGCAGAUAUUGCUUCAUGAGAAUGCCUUUUGGCAUUAAAUCCGCACAAGAGGUUUUCCAGAAGAGAAUUUUGCAACAUUUUGAUGAUCUUGAAGGCGUAGCCACUGACAUUGAUGAUACACUCAUUUGGGGAUCGGAUGAACAGGAGCAUGACGCACGAUUAGAAGCCACCCUACAACGUUGUGAAGAAAUAAAUCUUACUUUAAAUGUAGACAAGUGCAAGUUCAAGAUCAACGAAGUAUCGUAUUGUGGUCACAUCUUUAUGAAAGACGGAGUGAAACCUGACGAAUCGAAGAUUAAAGCAAUUCAAGACAUGCCGACACCUUUGUCGAAGAAGGAGAUUGAAAGAUUACUUGGAACUGUUAAUUAUUUAGCAAAAUUUGUACCUAACCUCGCAACGAUCACAGCUCCAAUCAGAGAACUGCUGAAGAAAGAUAUUGAGUUGUGUUGGUCCCACGAGCAGACAAAAGCUUUUGAUGAGAUUAAAGAAAUUCUUACUCCGAAACCAGUUCUGAAGUUUUUUUAUCCAACUAAACCGGUUAUAGUGCGUUGUGAUGCCUUGCGGAAUGGACUUGGUGCAGUUCUGAUCCAGGAAGAACAACCAAUUGCCUAUGCGUCUCGUUCCAUGACUGAAGCAGAAAUAAGAUACACGCAGAUUGAGAAAGAACUUCUCUCUGUUCUAUUUGCUCUUGAAAGAUUCAAUGCGUACACCUAUGGCGUGAAAGUCCUUGUUGAAAAUGACCAUAAACCACUUGAGAUCAUUUUAAAGAAAUCCUUACAUGAUGCGCCUCUGAGAUUGCAAAGGAUGUUGUUAAGAUUACAGAAAUAUAACUUCACCUACAAGCAUAGACCGGGCAAGGAUCUGAUGGUAGGGGACACUCUAUCACGGGCACCACUUCCCACUACAGAUUCAGAGUUAGAGAAAGAAAUAUCGUGCUAUGUUCACAUGGUGAUGUCAAAUCUUCCGGCAACAGAUGACAUGAUGGCGAGACUCAGGAUUGCCACAGAAGAAGAUGAAUCGUUACAGCAGUUGAAGAAGACUGUUCUGAACGGAUGGCCAGAUUCGAAACGAGAAACACCAGUCGAAAUUAGGGAGUAUUGGCAUUGUAGAGAGGAGAUCUCAGAGAUUGAUGGGAUCCUUUUGAAGAAGGAAAAGAUCAUCAUCCCAAAUUCCCUCCGACCAGAAAUGUUGGAAAAGAUUCAUGCUGGACACAUGGGCACCGAAAAAUGCAAGAAGCGGGCACGGGAUGUUCUGUUUUGUCCAGGGAUGAAUUCGCAGAUAGAAGAAAUGGUUUUGAAAUGUUCGACCUGUCUCGAAUAUCGACCAUCAAACCAGAAAGAGCCCAUGAUUGUUCAACCAACUCCCACGAUUCCAUGGGAUACUGUCGCCACUGAUUUGUUUUACUGGAACAAUUCUAACUAUCUAUUAGUCGUGGACUAUCUACGUUAUUUUGAGAUUGCGAAGUUACCAGAUAUUAAGAGCAGCACUUUACACAUGAAAUCUAUAUUCGCUAGACACGGGAUUCCAAGAGAAGUAAAAGAGUGA